GUUUCGGGUUGGAGUUAUCUGUGGAAAAACAGACCAGUAUGAACUUUCAUCUACUCACAGAAGUGAAAGCUGCUUGAAGGAGGAACUAAGCGCUCUGCACCGUCAGGAGUCACACCUCUCCUGGGCUGAUGGGUCCCUUGGGUGCACAGAUUGACUGGAUGAAAGAAGCCAUUGAGCUGAUCUGAGCUGCGACGUGAUUGGCCGACAGCGCUCCCACCGUGGCUGCAGAGUAACACAGGAGCAUCAUGAUCCCCUCACAUCCACAAGGUCCCAGCGCUGGACUCACCAUGAGGAACAGGGCCAGUGUGUCUCCUUGGCCUUUAGGCUCACAAAACACAAACUGCUCCAACAACAAUGAUGGCAAAAAAGAUGAGAAAAAGGAUGAAAAGAAAGACGAGAAAAAAGAUGAGAAGAAAGAUGAGAAAAAAGAUGAGAAGAAAGAUGAGAAGAAAGAUGAGAAGAAAGACGAGAAAAAAGAUGAGAAAAAGGAUGAUAAAAAGGAUGAUAAAAAAGAUGACAAGAAGAAGGAUGAGAAGAAAGAGGAACCGAAGGAGGUAUGGAUCAUGGACCCUGCCACAGACAUGUACUACUACUGGCUCGUCACCAUCGCCAUCCCCGUCUUCUACAACCUCAUGCUGCUGGUGGCGAGGGCUUGCUUUAAUGAGCUCCAGCGCCAGAACACCACCAUGUGGAUGGUGCUGGACUACAUCUCAGACCUGAUCUACUACAUCGACACUUUUGUCAGACUCAGGACUGGUUUUCUGGAGCAGGGCCUGCUCGUGAAAGACCCCAAGAUCUUAAAGGAGAAGUACACAAAGACUCGUCAGUUCAAACUGGACGUCAUCUCCAUCAUCCCCACGGACAUUGUCUUCUUCUACCUGGGAGUGAACAAUCCCGAGUGGAGGUUCAACCGACUGUUCCGCCUCUCACGCCUCUUUGAGUUCUUCGACCGCACCGAGACCAGGACCAACUUCCCCAACAUCUUCCGAAUCGCUAACCUCGUAGGUUACAUCAUCAUCAUUAUCCACUGGAACGCUUGCCUCUAUUUUGCCGUCUCCAAAGUGCUUGGGUUCGGGUCGGACACUUGGGUUUAUCCAACCGCCAACAAAAACCCAGAAUUCGGACGCCUAGCUAGACAGUACAUCUAUUGCUUCUAUUGGUCGACACUAACCUUAACCACGAUCGGUGAAACGCCUCCUCCAGUUCGUGACAUUGAAUAUUUCUUCGUCGUGUGUGACUUUUUAACCGGCGUUCUCAUUUUUGCUACGAUUGUCGGUAACGUUGGUGCCAUGAUCUCCAACAUGAGCGCAGCGCGUGUGGAAUUCCAAGCGAAAAUCGACGCUAUAAAACAGUACAUGCAGUUCCGUAAAGUUUCCAAAGAGUUAGAGCAUCGAGUCGUAAAGUGGUUCGACUACUUGUGGACCGAGGAAAAAACAUGCGACGAAAAGCUAGUCUUGAAAAAUCUUCCAGACAAGCUGAAGGCUGAAAUCGCCAUUAAUGUCCAUCUCGAAACGCUAAAAAAAGUGCGGAUUUUUCAAGAUUGUGAAGCGGGGUUGUUAGUCGAGUUGGUUCUCAAACUUCAACCUCAAGUUUUUAGCCCGGGUGACUACAUUUGUAAAAAGGGAGACAUUGGAAGAGAAAUGUAUAUCAUAAAAGAAGGGAAGCUAGCUGUUGUAGCGGACGACGGUGUUACACAAUUCGUCGUACUUAGCGAUGGAGCGUACUUCGGAGAGAUUAGCAUCCUUGGAAUCAAAGGGAGCAAGGCGGGAAACAGGAGAACCGCCAAUAUCCGAAGCGUUGGGUAUUCCGACUUGUUUGCGUUGUCCAAGGAGGAUCUCAUGGACGCUCUGAUUGAGUAUCCGGACGCUAAAUACGCUCUGGAGGAUAAAGGGAGGGCCAUUCUCAUGAAGGAUAACCUGAUUGACGAGGCCCUAGUCUCAGCCACAGACGCUAAAGACCUGGAGGACAAAGUGAACCAGAUGGAGGCCAGCGUGGACAUCAUGACACUGAAGCUGAAGAAGAUGGUGGACAACUACGAGUCGUCGCAGAGGAAGCUCAAGCAGAGGCUGACCAACAUGAGCAACCAGGUCCGCACGCUGCGCUCAGACAUAGAGUUUUAACUCUGAGUGAUGUGAGAGGACAGAGCGAGGACGCUUCAGAAGAGACAUUCAAAUACAAAGCUAUAACAUUUUGAACAAACACUAUCUUUAUUUCAGAAUAAAAUGUAUGUGUUAAUAAAAAUCACACUCAUAAAAGCUGAUCACAUAGCGAGCACUAAAUAAAAUAUAACAUUUAUAUAAUAAAAAUAAUUAUACUUAUUUCUUUCACUGAUGAAAUAGAGCCUAGCUAACACAUUUAACCCAGUUUUGCCCCAAGUUUAUCACUUAUGAGAAUAAACACAACAUUGUUAUGAAGAUUGUAUUUUUUUUGUAAUCUCAGUUCUUUCUCAUUGGGGACAAGAACAUGACUACUAUGGGACUCCAGCACACGGUGCACCUGAACAGGUGGGAGUCAAAAAAACUGCUGCCUAAAUCCAUGUCCACU